GUCUGUCUCUGACUCUCUCAACCUCUUCCCCCUAGUUUGUGUGACUUGGAAGAAGAGGGGGACGGAGGGGGGAGAGACCGAGAGAGAGAUCACCCAUGGUAUUGUACCACGAAGACGAAGUGUCACCGCACGCGCCGCGCCGCCUUCGUUAUUUCGGUUGUCCGCCAUGGACCGCUUCCGGGUGUGACGUGGUAACUCACUCAAAUAACCCACGCGGGAAGACCCUUCUCUCCAAGACUCCAACAGCGUGAUACCUAGGUAGGUGGACGAUCAGAGAUAGAGAGAUUGGCAAGCAUAAAAACAAAAACAAGAACAAGAACAAGGAAUCGACUGCGAUCGACCCUGUCACUGCCAGUUUCCGUGGACCAUCUGACAACACCAUCUUGCUCUCCUAGUGCGGCACCCGGCAGUGGUCAAUGGUCAUACUGGACUGGGCCUGCCGAUCGUGGGGCAGACGAGGCCUGAACCAGGCAAACGUCGCCAAGGGAAGCCCACCCAAAUUACCUCCAUACGCAGGUUAGAGGCAGUUGGUGGCAUUGUCGUGCAUGCCUAGUUUGAAAGAAGCACCAAAGCAAGAGAGAACCGGUUCCUUUCGAAACGCUCGACACUGCCUUUGGCUUUUGUUCCACCAAGGGACAUCUAACCGCGCAAGUCUUAUUUUUCUCUUUCGUUUCCUAGGCGGCGUACGAGCCGGUCUGCUUCAUCCUCCGGCUCGUCUCCAUCCCGUCCCAUCUUCCUAACUCCCUCUUUUCUUCGUUCGUUCGCUCGUUUCUUUCUUCCUCUCUUUCUUCACAACCUAAAAUCGCUUCCCACCCCCAUCCUCUCAUCCACCGGCACAGCACGCUGCAGUCUGCACACCCCUUCUGCCCAGACACACGCAUCCAAGCUUUUCUCAACUGUCCUGCAGAUUGUAUCGGUGCUACCUUACCCCUACCUGCUGGGCUGCUGCCGCUUCGCCUGUUCGUAUGUGCUUCUAAUACCAAAGUCACCUGUCGGAGCUUACCUUGCCUGCCCCUCUCUCUUCUUCCACCAGACCUUUUUUAGUUUGCAAGGGCCGAACGCCAGACGAACGGACGGACGCUUGUCGCGACGAACGACCUCGAACGAACGAACCCCACCCGCUUCGUUCCUUACCCGUUUGUCGUUCGUCUCCUAGUUGCUGGCUGCCGCUACCAACUCCUCUUCAAGGGGUGGUUUGUUUUGUUUCCUUUUCAUGAGACGCUUUGCAGCAAGGUACAUCCCCUACUAAGACGCAUCGCUUCGACCAUACGGAUCUUGCUUUCCGAACUGUCCUAUCACGCAAACCAACGCUCCUCAGCUUGAUACCAACUUGGUUGGCUCUAUUACCAAAACACCCUUACCUAAACAUAAUCACAAGCCCACCGCCGCCGAUCACAACUCCUGGCUGUUCCAGUUGAUAUCUUUUCUUCUUCCGAACGUGCUUCCAUCACCGCCGCUGCUGCUGGGAUUUCAUUUCUUAUUCUCAUCCCUAACCUGUCUUGAACCUCCGCUCAACCUACCACCUUUCAAUUUAUUUGCUCUUUUGUUUUUGUUUCAUACGCCCGAGGGCCUUCACUCUCCCGCUAAGACCUGCGUACCACCCAAAAGAGAAGAGCGGAUGGCAAGAAGAGGCUUGACUCGUCCAGCCAUCGUCUUGUAUUCUUGCUCCCGUUUGCCGCUGUUCUGAACAAGCCAGGGAAUUGACAGAGAGAGAGGAAAAUACUCGACUUCCCCCCACCAUCUCUAUCUACCCAUCUUCGUACACAUCUUGACAAUUCUCGACCUGAUUCGAGUCAUCUGGUCAUCGGCCACACCUACUUGCCUCACAAACUAAAGACCAACACCCGCACACACGCACAUGCAACACACACAUACACCGCCCAUCUUAUCUUCGAAUCCGGGGUUGGCGCCGACUUAAUCACGCUUGGAGUGUUCCUUACACACACGACGGAAGAGCACAUGGACGGGACGUUAGAGACCAUCUACCGAGCAGAGACAGCCUUGCAUGACACCCGAACAGGUCUCGUGUUACCUAUACAUUAUUAGACGGCCACCAACUUUUCCACUCUAAUAUCCUCCUUUUCUUUAACAUCCUCGUCUCUCCUCCCAUCUUACACCUUUUCCCGUCUGUUUUGCCUCGGACGAUAUCACCACAACGGACGGACCUCGUCAAUACCUGUUCUCAACGUCCAACACCUAAUUUCUCUCUCACCUGUAUGUUUUGGGCUUCUGUCACGUAGAGCGCAGACCUUCUCGAAGACCCUCCCCCACCGACAUUUUCUGCUUUCGGUCUUGGCUUGAGCAUCAUCCUCAUUCCAAGGUUAGCAACCGAGACCCUCAAUCCCCGUUACGACGGACAAACCGCGAACGGCCACUGGAUGGGUGCUUGGCCACACAAUACUUCAUAGGAGGAAACGGUCACCAACACCCGCUGCAUACUUACAAAUCGAAGUACACUGUUCAACUUGAGCAAACAUCAACAUAUCAUAUCCCCGGACCAAUAUCCAAGGAGGGAAAAAAGCGUACAAAAUGUCCAACCCAACUCUCUCAAAGCAACAGCGCAUCCAAGUCUGGCGUGAAGAGGUAGCGGCCUCAGCAUCCCUAUGCACAUGUCCGCCCUCCUCCCCAGCGGCCUCCGCCUCCUCAACAAACAUCUCCCUCUCCGCGGCGUCCUCCUCGGCGUCCUCAUCUGCAUCCUCUCCGGGAGCAGGUGACGCCUUCACCUUCCCCCGUAGCGACAUCUUGCCGGGGCAAGGAACAUACUGCCCAACAUGCUCCCGCCUCGGCGCCCCGUCCGCCAUGGGUCUGGAGCCCUCGUCCGCCUACCUAGACCAGACGCAACCCGGCGGGGUUCUCCCCGGUAGCCAUAUCGCUCCGGGCAUCUUCCGCGCAAAGACGGCCAACAACGCACUCUUCCGCGGCAUGCGUAAUUUUGUCCGCAAGCUCAGCGGGAGCAGGACAAGCGGGCCCAUGCCACCCCGCGGCGCCGAGGACGCAACCAAGAUGUACCGACGCGCGACUCUGGCUGGCUGGCCCACGGCCACGAACACUGCACUGGCGGCCGAAGCAGCGGCAGCGAUGGCGGCAGGGGAUGAACCAGACGCCGAAGACGCCGACUGUGCCGUUGACGAGGCGGACUCGGAGGGCCGGGGCCAUGUGCCGAAGCUCAUCGCCGAGAAGCAAGCGAGGCUCAGGAGGGCCGAGAGGCUGCUUGCGAAGACGAACGCGGGCCGUUAGAAGCGUACAUGUACACGAUGGGGUACGAGAAAAGCAGGUGAACUGGGAAAGAUGAGUGGGUGAAACGCAUGGGAGUUGCGAAUACCAUGAGGCGCAGAUCGGAUUUUCCUCUUGGUUUUUGGUUUCUUGGAAAUACGGAGGCGUUCUGGAGGAUGGCUGGCUGGGCUGCUAGGCGUUUUUGAAAUGUGCCAUCCACAUUACAUGGUUGUAUUCUGGCAUGUUCAGGAAAUAUUACCAGG